AUGCCCGCAGUUCGCAGGACCCGUCACGGGACCUCAGGUUCUGGUCAACCAGAGGGUCUCGAGACAAACUCAUCGAUGUAUGGGACUAGAUCAAAGCGCAAGGCAUCGGAUAUGAAUGGCUCUGAUGCUUCAUUGUCUGAGCAAAAACCAUCUACAAACUCAUCACAGAGCGCCACAUCAGAGGCUGACUCCAAUGCGCCGCCCGCCAAGAAAAGCCGGGCAUCUUCAGAUACACCACCACGUCAAACCCCAGAACCAGAAGAAGAAUCUGCCAAUGGAAAUUCCCAGGAAAUCCCAGGAGUAGUUAUUGAUCCCCCAGAUAGUCCUUCUCCUGCUUCUUUGGAAGAUGCCCCACAAAACCACGUUGCUAGCGCGCCACCAGCCAGAGGCGGUUUUGGCCGCGCGCGUGGACGGGGCCGUGGUAGAGGACGAUGGGGAUGGAAUAGAGGAGGCCGGGGAGGAUCUGGACUUGGAGCAAGAGGAACACCAGUUGCAGAAAUCCCACCAUCAAUUAACAAAUCACUUCGUGGCAGAGGUGGUCACCGCGUCAAGAAGUCGGACAAUGCUCGCAUUCAAGCACUAUAUCAUCGACGCGCAGCCCUGAAACACCAAUAUAAACAAGUCGCUCAGAUUCAAAAAGUUGCCUUGCUUGCUCUUGCGGAGAAGUCACUGGAUGCGGCGAAAUCCGAUCCUACUUAUUACAAGACUCUACCAGAGUUUGAAGAGACCACGCGAGCAUUAGCUGAAAUAUACGAAAAACGUGCCGACCAAUUGUUUCAAGAAUUUCAGACGAGGAAGGCAUAUUUGUAUUCGCGAUUAGAAAAAGAUGAAGAGUAUGAACAGAGGAGAUUCGAUAACGCCAUUGAGGAGGUUGAGGAGAUUAAUGAAGCAAAGAUUAAGCAAAAGGUCAUUCAUGUCUAUCGACAAUGGUCUACUCAUGGCUCUCUAAAGUCAACCCCCUUGUAUCGCGACCCUGAGGAUAAGGUGGUAAAACGGAUUGGCCCACCACCAACCAUGGUGCAUUCGAUAGCAACUCCCUACAGCUUCAUGCUGGCAGAGAAUAAUAAUCCAGUGGUCCUUGAACAGCACCCUAGAGACCAUUGGGAAUCUAUGACCCCGGAACAAAAAGUUGAUUGGGAGCGCAGACUUGAUAAAGCCGGUGGGGAUGGUAAGAGGAUCAAAAACAGCAAAGGAAGCGCCCUCUAUCAACCACAGGAUGCUGUCGUCGAUGACGCUUUUGAUACGCCGAACGCGCUUGGAGAUGCUGUAUCUGCAAUGGCAACGCCCGCUGUUGAGGCCUCUGGAGAUGACACCGAAAGUGAAGAGAGUGAAAAUGCUGAAGAGCAGCCAACCGAUCAACACGGUGUGAAAGUUCCGAAGAAGCCGACCCCUCGCAACGGGGAGCCACCACAAAACAGAAUUGUGUGCGACCCACCUGUUGAUUUUGACCAAGACGAAAUUGGUAUUCGGAAACAUUACGUUCGAAAGAACAACAGAAAUGAGCACCAAUAUCUUGGCAUGGAUCCCGAUCCGAACCCCAAGAAGGUCUAUUAUGAUCAAGUUGCAAGGGCAUACAACUCGGCUCGGAACAAGAAGGAGGAUCUUGACCAGGAAAUCACCCGAGCUUUUAAACUCCACCCUACUUAUGGACUUCCUCUUCCAGCAUCAGAGAAUCCUGACCACGACAAAUGUGUUGACCCUCCUUUCAACCCACCUACCGACUGGUCAAAGCCCCUUGAGCCGACUCACCCACUCGUCUUCAUUGAAGAGAUACCCGAGCUUGGAAGACGCCGUGAUGAAGAUAAGAAGAUCUUUUUGACUUCUAGGUCUGAGUGGAUCAUCCGAACCAAUGAGGAAUGGGACGAAUUGUGCCCCAAGUUUAGGAUGACGGCGGCCCUCGAGCAAAUGGAUGCGCUGGAUGGGCCUCCCCGGCCAACUACUCCUGAGAAAGUGAAGGAGUUGCUGAGGAGAAGGGAGAGGGAGAGGGCAAAGGCGGAAGCCAAGCAGCGACGGAAGGAGAAGGCCAAAGAAGUGAUUGAUCCUCAACUUCUCUUGGCUAUCAAUGAAGCAGAGUCGAACCGUACUACAGAGGCCAGACGAGCCAGAAAGCCAUCCCCUGCUGUACCGGCUGCACCACAACGCUCCUACGGUUACGACCCAGUCCGCGAUACUGGAUAUCAGACACCUUACCAACCAACAGCUUCUGUUGCUUCCAGGCCAGAAAAACUUGACGCACUCGCAGAUGCGGCUAUUGCUGGGGAGCUCCGUGGUAGCAUGCCACCCCCACCCGCGUUUCGAAUGCACUGGGGCCCGCCUGCUCCAUACCAUCGAGCGCCUCCAAACCCCACGACCACCUUCCUGCCCUACCCAGGCCCUCCUGCUGCUCCCGUUUCUGGAGGUCAAUAUACUUCACCUCGUGUUGCUCCCGCACAGGGAGUUCCUGGACCAUACCGGGAACUCAGACCAGCUCCCCCACAGAACAGAACAAAUUUACCGGCCCAGCCACCAGCGUCGGCAACACGCCCAUGGUACCCAGGCUACCCAUAG